UGCGGGUUUUGGAUGCUGCUCGGUGAUGAAACAGAGAGAGGAGAGGCGCAUUAGAGAAUCCGCAUCACGGAGCAGGAAGCAACAGCCACUUCACAGAAAGAAACACAAUCACUUUAAACAUGGAAAAGAAACAGACCAUCAACUUCGGUGCUGGACCUGCAAAACUACCACAGUCUGUAAGUUGACUUUUUACUGUGCAUUAGAAAACCGAAGAAGUAAAUGCUUGUAGCCUGUAACAUGAAGAGAAACCGAAAUGAAUGGUAUGGAUGCUACUUUUUCCGUAAUGCAAGUUGCAAAAGUGCAAAGUUUUUUUUUUAUCUUUGAUGCGUUUUAUUUGAUAAGAGCAGGCAAGCGAUUGCGCUGUUGCAUCCCUUCGUCAUUGAAACAGCAUGAUAGAUUUAUAUUUUUAAACUGACGAUUUGAUCACUGUGAACAGAAACAACGUGUUAAAACAUGAGGAAAAAUCUUGGCGUCAUGCAAGAGUAGGCUGCGAGGCGAGUCGCUUGGUGAAACUAGAUGGUUGAGUUGCAUCAGCCGCCUAACCAUUCAUGUGGAAAAUCCUGUAAGUCUAUGCUUCGGUGCCAAGCGAUGCUAUUCACCUCUGGGUGCUAGAACCACUGUCAAGUCGGGUAGGGAUCAUCCAAAAGUUGUUGAUUUUAUCCGGCUGCCACCAGUUCAUUGUGUUCCCCCGGCUACUCAACCCUACACCUUAGAGGCUGCUGCCCUAUAUACAUAGACAUGGAGUCACUGGCCACUUUAAUAAUGGAACACUGGUCACUUAAAUCAUGUUUACAUACUGCUUUACUCAUCUCAUAUCUCUUAUGUAUAUACCGUAAUCUAUUCUACUGUAUUCUAGUCAAUGCCACUCUGACAUUGCUCGUCCUAAUAUUUAUAUAUGGCUUAAUUCCAUUCUUUUACUUUUAGAUGUGUGUAUUGUUGUGAAUUGUUAGAUACUACUGCACUGUUGGAGCUAGGAACACAAGCAUUUCGCUACACCCGCAAUAACAUCUGCUAAAUAUGUGUAUGUUAACAAGAAAAUUUGAUUUGAUUUAGAAUGACCUGUAUUCAAACUAAAAUAAAUGUAUUCAAGACUUGUAAGGGUUUUCAUUGAAGUGAAUGAUUUGAAUUUAAACGUGAAUGUGCUGUGUCCCCAGGUGCUGUUCCAGGCGCAGAGAGAACUGCUGGACUAUAAUGGCAGCGGGAUCAGUGUCCUGGGUUAGUGUCUCUCUCUGUCUGCUCCAGUGGGCACACACUGGUUGAAUCAACAUUAUUUCCAUGUAAUUAUUAUUUUAUAUAUAUUUGUGUAUGUAUGUAUGUAUGUAUGUGUAUAUAUAUAUAUAUAUAUACAUACAUGCAUGCAUACAUACAGUACCAGUCAAAAGUUUGGACACACCUACUCAUUCAACCCAGGUCUGUAGUGACGCCUCUAGCACUGCGAUGCAGUGCCUUAGACCGCUGUGCCACUCGGGAGCCCCGUUUCCACGUAAUCUCAAUGAAAUUAAAACCAAUGUGGAAUAGCCGUCUUUGCCCAGUGGGGCCUGUCUGUCAUGUUUUAAUGACAUGGUGUCUUUAUUAGCUAGCUAAUUUAUUUUAUUGUAUUUUAUUCUGUCCGUGCAGAGAUGAGCCAUCGGUCGUCAGACUUCACCAAGAUCGUGAACAUCACAGAGAACCUGUUACGGGAGCUGCUGUGAGUGUACACACAAUCCUACUGAUCAUCUCUUCUUCUGAUCAUCUCUUCUACUGAUCAUCUUUUCUACUGAUCAUCUCUUCUACUGAUCAUCUCUUCUACUGAUCAUCUCUUCUUCUGAUCAUCUUUUCUACUGAUCAUCUCUUCUACUGAUCAUCUCUUCUACUGAUCAUCUCUUCUACUGAUCAUCUCUUCUUCUGAUCAUCUCUUCUACUGAUCAUCUCUUCUACUGAUCAUCUCUUCUUCUGAUCAUCUCUUCUACUGAUCAUCUCUUCUACUGAUCAUCUCUUCUACUGAUCAUCUCUUCUUCUGAUCAUCUCUUCUUCUGAUCAUCUCUUCUACUGAUCAUCUCUUCUACUGAUCAUCUCUUCUACUGAUCAUCUCUUCUACUGAUCAUCUCUUCUUCUGAUCAUCUUUUCUACUGAUCAUCUCUUCUACUGAUCAUCUUUUCUACUGAUCAUCUCUUCUACUGAUCAUCUCUUCUUCUGAUCAUCUCUUCUUCUGAUCAUCUUUUCUACUGAUCAUCUCUUCUACUGAUCAUCUCUUCUUCUGAUCAUCUUUUCUACUGAUCAUCUCUUCUACUGAUCAUCUCUUCUUCUGAUCAUCUCUUCUUCUGAUCAUCUCUUCUUCUGAUCAUCUCUUCUACUGAUCAUCUCUUCUACUGAUCAUCUCUUCUACUGAUCAUCUCUUCUACUGAUCAUCUCUUCUUCCCUCUAGCUUUCUAUUAUUUUCUUCCUCUGCUACUGGAUCAUAUUUCUGUUUAAUUCUGGAGUGUUUAAGAAACCACUGGAGAAUGUUAUCAACUGUCUGGGAGAAUGUGUUGGUGUCUGCAUGUGUUUUAAUCUGUCUGGGAGAAUGUGUUGGUGUCUUUGCAUGUGUUUUAAUCUGUCUGGGAGAAUGUGUUGGUGUCUUUGCAUGUGUUUUAAUCUGUCUGGGAGAAUGUGUUGGUGUCUGCAUGUGUUUUAAUCUGUCUGGGAGAAUGUGUUGGUGUCUUUGCAUGUGUUUUAAUCUGUCUGGGAGAAUGUGUUGGUGUCUGCAUGUGUUUUAAUCUGUCUGGGAGAAUGUGUUGGUGUCUUUGCAUGUGUUUUAAUCUGUCUGGGAGAAUGUGUUGGUGUCUUUGCAUGUGUUUUAAUCUGUCUGGGAGAAUGUGUUGGUGUCUUUGCAUGUGUUUUAAUCUGUCUGGUAGAAUGUGUUGGUGUCUUUGCAUGUGUUUUAAUCUGUCUGGGAGAAUGUGUUGGUGUCUGCAUGUGUUUUAAUCUUUCUUUUGCUUGAACUCGUGACAUUUUACCCUGGCUGCCUUUCAGACGAGUUGUGCAUUCUAGAAAACCCCACGUAAUUGGCUAGGCAACAGUGUAUCUUUCUAGAACACCCCACAUCGUUGGCUAGGCAACAUCAUUGGCUGUUGAAUGCAGAACUAGCUCGGCUUCGAGUCCUGGGCCCGUUUCCUGGUAGCGAUGGAUCUUACGCUUACGAGUGUUUUUGACAACGCAUCGUUCCUAUAAUGGCCGAACAACUCGCAUGCGUUUCCCAAAACACUGUGAAGGGAGAAUUUUCACUAAGUGCAUCACUGGAACAUGUGUUGAUACUGAUAAGAUGGAAGGAAAGGCAGCGCUGAUCUCAGAUCAGCUUUCUCCAUUCAACUCUUACCAUAACAUUAUAAUUAUUCCAUAAUACUCACAAUGGAUCAGCUCCUAGAGAGAUAUCAGCCUGUCACCUACAGCGGGGGAGAACAAGUAUUUGAUACACUGCCGAUUUUGCAGGUUUUCCUACUUACAAAGCAUGUAGAGGUCUGUAAUUUUUUAUCAUAGGUACACUUCAACUGUGAGAGACGGAAUCUAAAACAUAAAUCCAGAAAAUCACAUUGUAUGAUUUUUUAAGUAAUUCGUUUGUAUUUUAUUGCAUGACAUAAGUAUUUGAAAUUACAGACCUCUACAUGCUUUGUAAUUAGGAAACACUGCAGAUUUUGCAGGUUAUCAAAUACUUGUUCUCCCCACUGUAUGCACCACCACCUAUCUCCCCACUGUAGACGGCUGCAAAUAUUGAGGCUGUUUAUUCUACCGCUGUAAUAAUAAUAUAAUAACGCUCUCAGUCACAGAUUUAGGACAUCAUUGUGCACGUUGUUACACUUGAUGAAAUAUAUCGAGGAACAAAUUAGACUAGCCUAUAAUUGGCAAAAUAUACUGAACAAAAAUAUAAAAUGCAACAUGUAAAGUGUUGGUUUCAUGAACUGAAAUAAAAGAUCACAGAAAUGUUCCAUGUUGAUAGAUUCCUCAAUUAUUUUCAUAGAUUUUUGCAUUCUUCAUCAAACCAUUUGUCAUUGUUGUUAAUUUUCUUAGGUUGUCUGGUUGACAUUUUUAGAUUUGACUCUCUCUCUCUCCCUCUCUCCCCCCCCCCCCCCCCCCCCCUUCCUCUCCCUCUCUCCAGGAGUAUCCCGGACAACUACAAAGUCAUGUUCCUCCAGGGGGGCGGGACAGGCCAGUUUAGUGCCGUCCCCCUCAACCUAAUUGGUCUAAAGGAGGACAGGUGUGCUGAUUACAUAGUGACGGGCACCUGGUCGUCCAAUGCUGCCAAGGAAGCUGAGAAAUACGGCAAGGUCAACGUGGUGCACCCCAAACUGGACACCUACACCAGUAAGUGUGUGUGUGUGUGUGUGUGUGUGUGUGUGUGUGUGUGUGUGUGUGUGGCCAGUGGUUGCUACUAGUGAUAACAGGAGACAUGGUGUUCUGUGUUAACAGUUUAAUGUAGCAGAAUGACUCUCCUCAUGUCUCCUGUUGACACUAACUAUCCGCCUCACACCACAGACCUACGCUAACAUCACGUGACUGAUUCCCACACUAACCGAUUCCCACACUGGUCCUCUGUAGCUCAGCUGGUAGAGCACGGCGCUUGUAACGCCAAGGGAGUGGGUUCGAUCCCCGGGACCACCCAUACACAAAAAAUGUAUGCACACAUGACUGUAAGUUGCUUUGGAUAAAAGCGUCUGCUAAAUGGCAUAUUAUUAUUAUUAUAGCAACAUGACUGAUUCCCACACUAACAACAUGAUUGAUUCCACGUUACAUCCUAUGGUUUAGAAAGUCAUAGAAUUGCGGUGCUCGACUCAAUAGCUCAUUAUUAAAAGUAUUUUUGAGUGCAGGGUUCAAAAGAAAAGCAAAACCAGCGAUCACUGAAAUAGUCUUUCAGUUUUCAUGUUCUGUGGAAGUUUCUUUAAUAGAUGUGAACAUGUCCUUUGUGCUGUUACUGAAAAAGAACACCACCAACUGGUGGGGGUCGCGAAAGAGGUGCCGUUUUAUAAGAUGGGUACAACUGUCCCAGCGUCCCCGUACAACUGUCCUGGUGUCCCGGUACAACUGUCCCAGCGUCCCGGUACAACUGUCCCGGUACAACUGUCCCGGUACAACUGUCCCAGCGUCCCGGUACAACUGUCCCGGUACAACUGUCCCGGUACAACUGUCCCAGCGUCCCGGUACAACUGUCCCGGUACAACUGUCCCGGUACAACUGUCCCAGCGUCCCGGUACAACUGUCCCAGCGUCCCGGUACAACUGUCCCAAAGUCCCGGUACAACUGUCCCAGCGUCCCGGUACAACUGUCCCAGCGUCCCCGUACAACUGUCCCAGCGUCCCGGUACAACUGUCCCAGCGUCCCGGUACAACUGUCCCGGUACAACUGUCCCGGCGUCCCGGUAAGAGGACUGAAAUGACCAGUAGGAGGUGAACUCAUGUUUUAUUACCAUGCUCAAGACAGGCACACACAGCAGACAGGAAGUGGACUAGUGGAAGUGAUUUCUGUAGAGAAGACAAAGCAUAUACAGUGGGGAGAACAAGUAUUUGAUACACUGCCGAUUUUACAGGUUUUCCGACUUACAAAGCAUGUAGAGGUCUGUCAUUUUUAUCAUAUGUACAUUUCAACUGUGAGAGACGGAAUCUAAAACAAAAAUCCAGAAAAUCACAUUGUAUGAUUUUAUAUAGUAAUUAAUUUGCAUUUUAUUGCAUGACAUAAGUAUUUGAUCACCUACCAACCAGUAAGAAUUCCAGCUCUCACAGACCUGUUAGUUUUUCUUUAAGAAGCCCUCCUGUUCUCCACUCAUUACCUGUAUUAACUGCACCUGUUUGAACUCGUUACCUGUAUAAAAGACACCUGCCACACACUCAAUCAAACAGACUCCAACCUCUCCACAAUGGCCAAGACCAGCGAGCUGUGUAAGGACAUCAGGGAUAAAAUUGUAGACCUGCAGAAGGCUGGGAUGGGGUACAGGGCAAUAGGCAAGCAGCUUGGUGAGAAAAUGGAAGAAGUUCAAGAUGAUGAUCAAUCACCCUCGGUCUGGGGCUCCAUGCAAGAUCUCACCUUGUGGGGCAUCAAUGAUCAUGAGGAAGGUGAGGGAUCAGCCCAGAACUACACGGCAGGACCUGGUCAAUGACCUGAAGAGAGCUGGGACCACAGUCUCAAAGAAAACCAUUAUUAACACACUACGCCGUCAUGGAUUAAAAUCCUGCAGCGCACGCAAGGUCCCCCUGCUCAAGCCAGCGCAUGUCCAGGCCCAUCUGAAGUUUGCCAAUGACCAUCUGGAUGAUCCAGAGGAGGAAUGGGAGAAGGUCAUGUGGUCUGAUGAGACAAAAAUAUAGCUUUUUGGUCUAAACUCCACUCGCCGUGUUUGGAGGAAGAAGAAGGAUGAGUACAACCCCAAGAACACCAUCCCAACCGUGAAGCAUGGAGGUGGAAACAUCAUUCUUUGGGGAUGCUUUUCUGCAAAGGGGACAGGACGACUGCACCGUAUUGAGGGGAGGAUGGAUGGGGCCAUGUAUUGCGAGAUCUUGGCCAACAACCUCCUUCCCUCGGUAAGAGCAUUGAAGAUGGGUCGUGGCUGGGUCUUCCAGCAUGACAACGACCCGAAACACACAGCCAGGGCAACUAAGGAGUGGCUCCGUAAGAAGCAUCUCAAGGUCCUGGAGUGGCCUAGCCAGUCUCCAGACCUGAACCCAAUAGAAAAUCUUUGGAGGGAGCUGAAAGUCCGUAUUGUCCUUCUCCGUGGCCGACGUGAUUAAGACAUUUAAGCAUGUUAAUCCCCGCAAGGCUGCCGGCCCAGACGGCAUCCCUAGCCGCGUCCUCAGAGCAUGCGCAGACCAGCUGGCUGGUGUGUUUAUGGACAUAUUCAAUCUCUCCCUUUCUGCUGUUCCCACAUGCUUCAAAAUGGCCACCAUUGUUCCUGUACCCAAGAAAGCAAAGGUAACUGAACUAAAUGACUAUCGCCCUGUAGCACUCACCUCUGUCAUCAUGAAGUGCUUUGAGAGACUAGUCAAGGAUCAUAUCACCUCUACCCUACCUGUCACCCUAGACCCAUUUCAAUUUGCUUACCGCCCCAAUAGAUCCACAGACGAUGCAAUCGCCAUCACACUGCACACUGCCCUAUCCCAUCUGGACAAGAGGAAUACCUAUGUAAGAAUGCUGUUCAUUGACUAUAGCUCAGCAUUCAACACCAUAGUACCCUCCAAGCUGAUCAUUAAGCUCGAGGCCCUGGGUCUGAAUCCCGCCCUGUGCAACUGGGUCCUGGACUUCCUGACGGGCUGCCCCCAGGUGAUGAAGGUAGGAAACAACAUCUCCACUUCGCUGAUCCUCAACACUGGGGCCCCACAAGGGUGCGUGCUCAGCCCCCUCCUGUACUCCCUGUUCACCCAUGACUACCUGGCCAAGCACACCUCAACUCAAACAUUAAGUUUGCAGACGACACAGCAGUAGUAGGCUUGAUUACCAACAAUGACGAGACCGCGUACAGGGAGGAGGUGAGGGCUCUGGGAGUGUGGUGCCAGGAAAAUAACCUCUCACUCAACGUCAACAAAACAAAGGAGAUGAUCGUGGACUUCAGGAAACAGCAGAGGGUCCACCCCCCUAUCCACAUCAACGGGACCGCAGUGGAGAAGGUGGAAAGCUUCAAGUUCCUUGGCGUACACAUCACCGACAAACUGAAAUGGUCCACCCACGCAGACAGUGUGGUGAAGAAGGCGCAACAGAGCCUCUUCAACCUGAAGAAAUUCGGCAUGGCACCUAAAACCCUCACACACUUUUACAGAUGCUUAGGGUCAUUGUCCUGCUGGAAGGUGAAUCUCAUCCCAGUUUCAAAUCUCUGGAAGACUGAAACAGGUUCCCCUCAAGAAUUUCCCUGUAUUUAGAGCCAUCCAUCAUUCCUUCAAUUCUGACCAGUUUCCCAGUCCCUGCCGAUGGUGUUCUCGGGGUGAUGAGAGGUGUUGGGUUAGCGUUUUCUUUGAUGGCCAAAAAGCUUAAUUUUAGUCUCAUCUGACCAGAGUACCUUCUUCCAUAUGUUUGGGGAGUCUCCCACAUGCCUUUUGGCGAACACCAAACGUUUACUUAUUUUUUGUGGCCACUCUUCCGUAAAGCCCAGCUCUGUGGAGUGUACGGCUUAAAGUGGUCCUAUGGACAGAUACUCCAAUCUCCGCUGUGGAGCUUUGCAGCUCCUUCAGGGUUAUCUUUGGUCUCUUUGUUGCCUCUGAUUUAAUGCCCUCCUUGCCUGGUCCGUGCGUUUUGGUGGGCGGCCAUCUCUUGCCAGGUUUGUUGUGGUGUCAUAUUCUUUCCAUUUUGUAAUAAUGGAUUUAAUGGUGCUGUGUGGGGUGUUCAACGUUUCUGAUUUUUUGUAUAACCCAACCCUGAGUUUCACUUAACCUUUCACACACAUGGGAAUUGAAUGUUUCUUACAGAACAAAUAUUAAAUGCAUAACAAUGGUAGCAAUUGAAAGGGAACAGUUUGGAGAUUAUGGGGGAAAUGAUUAGACCAAAAAGGUGAGUACACAACAGUUCACCUGACAAGACUGAAUCCAAACAUUACACUUGAUUGUAUUUACAUUUUCUGUACUUUUGGCUGCAUUUGUUGAUAACAAAAUCUGAAUAAACUCUGGAUACAUUCAGUAACAUGAUAAGAAUAUUCCUUUUAAAUGUGGUGUAGGUGCAACAUAAGACAAAAAUAAGCAUCAGAAUUGAAGGAAUGAUGGAUGGCGCUAAAUACAGGGAAAUUCUUGAGGGAAACCUGUUUCAGUCUUCCAGAGAUUUGACACUGGGACAGAGGUUCACCUUCCAGCAGGACCCUAAGCAUACUGCUAAAGAAACACUUGAGUGGUUUAAGGGGAAACAUUUAAAUGUCUUGGAAUGGCCUAGUCAAAGCCCAGACCUCAAUCCAAUUGAGAAUCUGUGGUAUGACAUAAAGAUUGCUGUACACCAGUGGAACCCAUCCAACUUGAAGGAGCUGGAGCAGUUUUGCCUUGAAGACUGGCCAAAAAUCCCAGUGGCUAGAUGUGCCAAGCUUAUAGAGACAUACCCCAAGAGACUUGCAGCUGUAAUUGCUGCAAAAGGUGGCUCUACAAAGUAUUGACCUUGUGGGGGUGACUAGUUAUGCACGCUCAAGACGUCCGUUUUUUUGUGUUAUAUCUUGUUUGUUUCACCAGAAAAAAUAUUUUGCAUCUUCAAAGUGGUAGGCAUGUUGUGUAAAUCAAAUGAUACAAACCCCCCAAAAAUCCAUUUUAAUUCCAGGUUGUAAGGCAACAAAAUAGGAAAAAUGCCAAGGUGGGGUGAAUACUUUCGCAAGCCACUGUAUAUCGACUGAAUGGGUGCCGCUUUGUUCGGUAUUUCAAAACGUUUGGUGGUGAUAAAUACAAACAAUUAAACUGUUCUUUAGUUUAAAAAGCCUGUGGUGUUUAAGAGGGGCCACUACCUACGGUACCUAGGGAUCAACACUUCAUCAGGUGGGUGAGGCGGUUUUGGGAGGGGUAUUUAUUGGUAGGAAAAAACAACUGUUUGUAUUGCUAUAUAGUAUAUUAAAUCAAUGGCAAAAAAUGUAGGCUAUUUUUGGGCAUAAUUAAUAUAUCAUGAAUCUACUUUAAAUUAUUAGGUGUAUCACUUUUUGUGUCAUCAUCACGGGGCCCCGUGUAGCUCAGUUGGUAGAGCGUGGCGCUUGCAACACCAGGGUUGUGGGUUCGUUUCCCACGGGGGGCCAGUAUGAAAAUGUAUGCACUCACUAACCGUAAGUUGCUCUGGAUAAGAGCGUCUGCUAAAAUGACUAAAAUGUAAAACUGUAAAUGCAUUAUGUCCACGUGGUUGCAUUGUGUUUUUUAAAUUGGCAAAUAAAUCCAAUUAAAAUCACAACAAAUGUAAGGUAUUUAUAGAAACAACAAAAACAGCUUGUAGCCUUUGGCUGGCUGUGGUUAGCUGGAAGGUGGCAGGCCCCUGUGGUUAGCUGGAAGGUGGCAGGCCCCUGUGGUUAGCUGGAAGGUGGCAGGCCCCUGUGGUUAGCUGGAAGGUGGCAGGCCCCUGUGGUUAGCUGGAAGGUGGCAGGCCCCUGUGGUUAGCUGGAAGGUGGCAGGCCCCUGUGGUUAGCUGGAAGGUGGCAGGCCCCUGUGGUUAGCUGGAAGGUGGCAGGCCCCUGUGGUUAGCUGGAAGGUGGCAGGCCCCUGUGGUUAGCUGGAAGGUGGUUGGCCCCUGUGGUUAGCUGGAAGGUGGCAGGCCCCUGUGGUUAGCUGGAAGGUGGUUGGCCCCUGUGGUUAGCUGGAAGGUGGUUGGCCCCUGUGGUUAGCUGGAAGGUGGCAGGCCCCUGUGGUUAGCUGGAAGGUGGCAGGCCCCUGUGGUUAGCUGGAAGGUGGCAGGCCCCUGUGGUUAGCUGGAAGGUGGCAGGCCCCUGUGGUUAGCUGGAAGGUGGUUGGCCCCCUGUGGUUUAGCUGGAAGGUGGUUGGCCCUGUGGUUAGCUGGAAGGUGGCAGGCCCCUGUGGUUUAGCUGGAAGGUGGCAGGCCCCUGUGGUUAGCUGGAAGGUGGCAGGCCCUGUGGUUAGCUGGAAGGUGGCAGGCCCCUGUGGUUAGCUGGAAGGUGGCAGGCCCCUGUGGUUAUGCUGGAAGGUGGCAGGCCCCUGUGGUUAGCUGGAAGGUGGCAGGCCCCUGUGGUUAGCUGGAAGGUGGCAGGCCCCUGUGGUUAGCUGGAAGGUGGCAGGGCCCCUGUGGUUAGCUGGAAGGUGGCAGGCCCCUGUGGUUAGCUGGAAGGUGGUUGGCCCCUGUGGUUAGCUGGAAGGUGGCAGGCCCCUGUGGUUAGCUGGAAGGUGGUUGGCCCCUGUGGUUAGCUGGAAGGUGGUUGGCCCCUGUGGUUAGCUGGAAGGUGGCAGGCCCCUGUGGUUAGCUGGAAGGUGGCAGGCCCCUGUGGUUAGCUGGAAGGUGGCAGGCCCCUGUGGUUAGCUGGAAGGUGGCAGGCCCCUGUGGUUAGCUGGAAGGUGGUUGGCCCCUGUGGUUAGCUGGAAGGUGGUUGGCCCCUGUGGUUAGCUGGAAGGUGGGCAGGCCCCUGUGGUUAGCUGGAAGGUGGCAGGCCCUGUGGUUAGCUGGAAGGUGGCAGGCCCCUGUGGUUAGCUGGAAGGUGGCAGGCCCCUGUGGUUAGCUGGAAGGUGGCAGGCCCCUGUGGUUAGCUGGAAGGUGGCAGGCCCCUGUGGUUAGCUGGAAGGUGGCAGGCCCCUGUGGUUAGCUGGAAGGUGGUUGGCCCCUGUGGUUAGCUGGAAGGUGGCAGGCCCCUGUGGUUAGCUGGAAGGUGGCAGGCCCCUGUGGUUAGCUGGAAGGUGGCAGGCCCCUGUGGUUAGCUGGAAGGUGGCAGGCCCCUGUGGUUAGCUGGAAGGUGGCAGGCCCCUGUGGUUAGCUGGAAGGUGGCAGGCCCCUGUGGUUAGCUGGAAGGUGGCAGGCCCCUGUGGUCCGCUGGAAGGUGGCAGGCCCCUGUGGUUAGCUGGAAGGUGGUUGGCCCCUGUGGUUAGCUGGAAGGUGGCAGGCCCCUGUGGGUUAGCUGGAAGGUGGCAGGCCCCUGUGGUUAGCUGGAAGGUGGCAGGCCCUGUGGUUAGCUGGAAGGUGGCAGGCCCCUGUGGUUAGCUGGAAGGUGGCAGGCCCCUGUGGUCCGCUGGAAGGUGGCAGGCCCCUGUGGUUAGCUGGAAGGUGCAGGCCCCUGUGGUUAGCUGGAAGGUGGCAGGCCCCUGUGGUUAGCUGGAAGGUGGCAGGCCCCUGUGGUUAGCUGGAAGGUGGCAGGCCCCUAGGUUAGCUGGAAGGUGGCAGGCCCCUGUGGUUAGCUGGAAGGUGGCAGGCCCCUGUGGUUAGCUGGAAGGUGGCAGGCCCUGUGGUCCGCUGGAAGGUGGCAGGCCCCUGUGGUUAGCUGGAAGGUGGCAGGCCCCUGUGGUUAGCUGGAAGGUGGCAGCCCUGUGGUUAGCUGGAAGGUGGCAGGCCCCUGUGGUUAGCUGGAAGGUGGUUGGCCCCUGUGGUUAGCUGGAAGGUGGCAGGCCCCUGUGGUUAGCUGGAAGGUGGCAGGCCCUGUGGUUAGCUGGAAGGUGGCAGGCCCCUGUGGUUAGCUGGAAGGUGGCAGGCCCCUGUGGUUAGCUGGAAGGUGGCAGGCCCCUGUGGUUAGCUGGAAGGUGGCAGGCCCCUGUGGUUAGCUGGAAGGUGGCAGGCCCCUGUGGUUAGCUGGAAGGUGGCAGGCCCUGUGGUUAGCUGGAAGGUGGCAGGCCCCUGUGGUUAGCUGGAAGGUGGCAGGCCCCUGUGGUUAGCUGGAAGGUGGCAGGCCCCUGUGGUUAGCUGGAAGGUGGCAGGCCCAAUUUGAGAAAUUCCUUGCUAUUGUGUUUGAAAUUAGCUCAUGGCUAGAUGGCUUGCCAAGGGCUUAUAGCGGUCCAAUGAGUGGAGGCCACCCGCCAGAGAUGCAAAUCAUGUCUUGAAUGGAAAACUCCAUUCGCCUGCUGGCGGUAUGAAUGUAUAGUCUUGGGUGUAAGGAAGGUGACAAACAGCAGGUGGGAGGACAUGUUUUGCUAUCUGGGAGAUGGACCCUGCAGACCUACUGUGGUUGUGAGUCUACUGUUGUUCAGACUCUGUGGACGCCUUGUUGUAGUUUUUGUUUGCCCCGUCUGGUCGUGCUUCGGUUGGGAUUCCAUAUUUAUUGGGGACCAUAUGUUCAUAUUGUGGUUGUUAUGACUGGACGGUGGUUGUAUUGUUUUGACCUUGUGGUCCUCCUGUCGUUCUGAUUCUAGUGUUUUGACCUUGUGGUCCUCCUGUAGUUGUGAUUCUAGUGUUGUUUUGACCUUGUGGUCCUCCUGUAGUUGUGAUUCUAGUGUUUUGACCUUGUGGUCCUCCUGUCGUUCUGAUUCUAGUGUUUUGACCUUGUGGUCCUCCUGUAGUUGUGAUUCUAGUGUUUUGACCCUGUGGUCCUCCUGUAGUUGUGAUUCUAGUGUUUUGACCCUGUGGUCCUCCUGUAGUUGUGAUUCUAGUGUUGUUUUGACCCUGUGGUCCUCCUGUAGUUGUGAUUCUAGUGUUUUGACCUUGUGGUCCUCCUGUAGUUGUGAUUCUAGUGUUGUUUUGACCCUGUGGUCCUCCUGUAGUUGUGAUUCUAGUGUUUUGACCUUGUGGUCCUUCUGUAGUUGUGAUUCUAGUGUUUUGACCUUGUGGUCCUCCUGUAGUUGUGAUUCUAGUGUUGUUUUGACCUUGUGGUCCUCCUGUAGUUGUGAUUCCAGUGUUUUGACCCUGUGGUCCUCCUGUAGUUGUGGUUCUAGUGUUUUGACCCUGUGGUCCUCCUGUAGUUGUGAUUCUAGUGUUUUGACCCUGUGGUCCUCCUGUAGUUGUGAUUCUAGUGUUUUGACCCUGUGGUCCUCCUGUAGUUGUGAUUCUAGUGUUGUUUUGACCUUGUGGUCCUCCUGUAGUUGUGAUUCUAGUGUUUUGACCCUGUGGUCCUCCUGUAGUUGUGAUUCUAGUGUUUUGACCCUGUGGUCCUCCUGUAGUUGUGAUUCUAGUGUUGUUUUGACCUUGUGGUCCUCCUGUAGUUGUGAUUCCAGUGUUGUUUUGUCCCUGUGGUCCUCCUGUAGUUGUGAUUCUAGUGUUUUGACCCUGUGGUCCUCCUGUAGUUGUGAUUCUAGUGUUUUGACCUUGUGGUCCUCCGGUAGUCGUGAUUCUAGUGUUGUUUUGACCUUGUGGUCUAAUGAUUCUGACUGUCCUCCUGCGGUCCUCCAGAGAUCCCUGACCCCAGCAGCUGGUCGUUGACCCCUGGAGCGUCCUACGUGUAUUACUGCUGCAACGAGACAGUGCACGGCGUGGAGUACAACUUCACCCCGGACACCCACGGAGCCGUCCUGGUCUCUGACAUGUCCUCUAACUUCCUGUCCCGACCCGUCGAUGUUUCCAAGGUAAGGAUGAGCAUUUCACUUGGUUCCAACGACACAACCAUGCUGCAAAGUCAAAAUUGGCUACAUCAUUAAAAUGUAUGAGCAUGGAAAUUAGCUUUGAGGUGUUGAUUAUACAGUACCAGUCAAAAGUUUGGACACCUACUCACUAUUAUUCUACAUAGUAUUUUCUACAUUGUAGAAUAAUAGUGAGGACAUCAAAACUAUGAAAUAACACAUAUGGAAUCAUGUAGUAACCAAAGAAGUGUUAAACAAAUCAAAAUAUAUUUUAUAUUUGAGAUUCUUCAAAUAGCCACUCUUUGCCUUGAUGACAGCUUUGCACACUCUUGGCAUUCUCUCAACCAGCUUCAUGAGGUAGUCAUCUGGAAUGCAUUUCAAUUAACAGGUGUGCCUUGUUAAUUUGUGGAAUUUCUUUCCUUCUUAAUGCGUUUGAGCCAAUCAGUUGUGUUGUGACAAGGUAGGGUUGGUAUAAAGAAGAUAGCCCUAUUUGGUAAAAGACCAAGUCCAUAUUAUGGAAAGAACAGCUCAAAUAAGCAAAGUGAAACGACAGUCCAUCAUUACUUCAAAACAUGAAGGUCAGUCAAUAUGGAACAUUUCAAGAACUUUGAAAGUUUCCUCAAGUGCAGUUGCAGAAACCAUCAAGCGCUAUGAUGAAACUGGCUCUCAUGAGGACCACCACAGGAAAGGAAGACCCAGAGUUACCUUUGCUGCAGAGGAUAAGUUCAUUAGAGUUAAGUGCACUUCAAAUUGCAGCCCAAAUAAAUGCUUCACAGAGUUCAAGUAACAGACACAUCUCAACAUCAACUGUUCAGAGGAGACUGCGUGAAUCAGGCCUUCAUGUCGAAUUGCUGCAAAGAAACCACUACUAAAGGACACCAUUAAGAAGAAGAGACUUGCUUGUGCCAAGAAACACGAGCAAUGGACAUUAGACCGGUGGAAAUCUGUCCUUUUGGUCUAAUGAGUCCAAAGUUGAGAUUUUUGGUUCCAACCUCCGUGUCUUUGUGAGACGCAGAGUAGGUGAACGGAUGAUUUCCGCAUGUGUGGUUCCCACCGUGAAGCAUGGAAGAGAAGGUGUGGGGGUGCUUUGCUGGUGACACUGUCUGUGAUUUAUUUAGAAUUCAAGGCACACUUAACCAGCAUGGCUACCACAGCAUUCUGCAGCGAUACGCCAUCCCAUCUGGUUUGGGCUUAGUGAGACUAUCAUUUGUUUUUCAACACGACAAUGACCCAACACACCUCCAGGCUGUGUAAGGGCUAUUUGACCAAGAAGGAGAGUGAUGGAGUGCUGCAUCAGAUGCCCUGGCCUCCACAAUCACCCGACCUCAACCGAAUUGAGAUGGUUUGUGAUGAGUUGGACCGCAGAGUGAAGGUAAAGCAACCAACAAGUGCUCAGCAUAUGUGGGAACUCCAUCAAGACUGUUGGAAAAGCAUUCCUCAUGAAGCUGGUUGAGAGAAUGCCAACACUGUGCAAAGCUGUCAAGGCAAAGGGUGGCUACUUUGAAGAAUCAAAAUAUUAAAUAUAUUUUGAUUUGUUUAACACUUUUUUUGGUUACUACAUGAUGCCAUAUGUGUUAUUUCAUAGUUUUGAUGUCUUCGCUAUUAUUCUACAAUGUAGAAAAUAGUCAAAAAAUAAAGAAAAACCCUUGAAUGAGUAGGUGUGUCUAAACUUUUGACUGGUACUGUAGGUUAUGGUUAUGCAGCAUAAGGUAAAUGAAAGUUUACCAACUACUGCAUGCUUUUCUUUGUUAGCACUUUAUUUACAGAAAUGGCCUGAACCAUGUAAGGGUAAUAACCCAGUUAUAACUUCCUGUGUGUUGGUGUUUAUUCAAUGUGUUGUUUAUAGUUUGGGCUGAUCUUCGCUGGGGCUCAGAAGAACGUGGGCUGUGCUGGUGUUACUGUGGUGAUCGUGAGAGAGGAUCUCAUUGGCCAUGCCCUGACGGAGUGUCCCAUUGUCCUUGACUACCAAGUGCAGGCUAGGAACAACUCUAUGUACAACACACCACCCUGCUUCAGGUAACAUUUUACAUUUUAGUAAUUUAGCAGACGCUCUUAUCCAGAGCGACUUAAAGGAGCAAUUAGGGUUAAGUGCCUUGCUCAAGGGCACAUCGACAGAUUUUUCACCUAGUCGGCUCGGGGAUUAGAACCAGCGACCUUUCGGUUACUGGCACAACGCUCUUAACCACUAAGCUACCUGCCGCCCAAAAAAGGUAACACACAGUGCCUUGCUUCAGGUAACACACAGUGCCUUGCUUCAGGUAACACACAGUGCCUUGCUUCAGGUAACACACAGUGCCUUGCUUCAAUUACAGACAAGCUUUUACAGCAGGUUUGGGUGUGCAGGCUUUUGUUCCAACCAAGCAUUACAGCUCUCUCUCUCGCUCUCUAUGGCCAGGCUGUCCUUUCAUUUUGACAUUUUAGUCAUUUAGCAGACGCUCUUAUCCUGAGUGCAUACAUUUUUCAUACUGGUCCCCCGUGGGAAUCGAACCCACCACCCUGGCAUUGCAAGCGCCAUGCUCUCCCAACUGAGCCACAUGGGAGUGGUCCUCACUGGGCAGCCAGGUUUGCCUGUGACGACUGGUCUCUAUGGCCAGACUGUGCUCACUGAGUCUGUACCUAGUCAGUGUUUUCCUCAGUUUUCUAUCAGUCACAGUGGUCAGAUAGUCUUCCACAAUGUACUGUCUGUUUAGAGACAAAGCAUUGAAGUUUACUUUGAUUUUUUGUGGUGUCUUUCCAAUAGGUGAUAUAUCUUUCUUUUUGCUUUGUGAUGAUUUGGGUGGGCCAUAGGACUGGGGGUCACUAAAUGAUUAUACAAUUUGGUGGCUCUUUUUGGGAUAUUAAUCAGAAAAGGGAAUUGGCUUAAUUCUGCUCUGCAUGCGUUUGGAGUUUUUCUCUUACAGAAUUCCGCAGGGUUUCAGUUGGGCCUUUGUCCCAUUUGUCCAGCUCUGUAAGCUCCGCCCUUCACUGCCAUAGAGUGCUGAUUGGUUCUAUUAUUGAUUAGAAUAUUUAGAGCCAGAUCCUAAUUGGUAUGUCUAAUUUAAUAGAUUGUUUAAUGGCAUAGAAAGCCCUGCUUGCUUUGUCUUUUCAGUUCAGUCACAGCCAGGUUGAAGUUCCCAGUGGAGCUCAUGUUUAGUCCCAUUAUGUGUAGGAGUGUGUGUUCUAUAUGAGUGGAGCCCAGUAAAAAAGGAUAUCAGUUUCCCUGACAUCUGGACCUUUUCUGGAAUAUCAAAGACUAGUGAGGUUUCCAAUGCCUCGCAAAGAAGGGCACCUAUUGUUAGGUAGAAGGGUAAAAAAUGAAAACCAGCAGACAUUGAAUAUCACUUUGAGCAUGGUGAAGUUAUUAAUUACACUCUGUGAAGGACCUCGGCGUUACUCUUGACCCUGAUCUCUCUUUUGACGAACAUAUCAAGACUGUUUCAAGGACAGCUUUUUUCCAUCUACGUAACAUUGCAAAAAUCAGAAAUUUUCUGUCCAAAAAUGAUGCAGAAAAAUUAAUCCAUGCAUUUGUUACUUCUAGGUUAGACUACUGCAAUGCUCAAUUUUCCGGCUACCCGGAUAAAGCACUAAAUAAACUUCAGUUAGUGCUAAAUACGGCUGCUAGAAUCCUGACUAGAACCAAGAAAUUUGAUCAUAUUACUCCAGUGCUAGCUUCCCUACACUGGCUUCCUGUUAAGGCAAGGGCUGAUUUCAAGGUUUUACUGUUAACCUAUAAAGCGUUACAUGGGCUUGCUCCUACCUAUCUUUCCGAGUUGGUCCUGCCGUACAUACCAAUACGUACGCUACGGUCACAAGACGCAGGCCUCCUAAUUGUCCCUAGAAUUUCUAAGCAAACAGCGGGAGGCAGGGCUUUCUCCUAUAGAUCUCCAUUUUUAUGGAACAGUCUGCCUACCCAUGUGAGAGACGCAGACUCGGUCUCAACCUUUAAGUCUUUACUGAAGACUUAUCUCUUCAGUAGGUCAUAUGAUUGAGUGUAGUCUGGCCCAGGAGUGUGAAGGUGAACGGAAAGGCUCUGGAGCAACGAACAGCCCUUGCUGUCUCUGCCGGGCCGGUUCCCCUCUCCACUGGGGUUCUCUGCCUCUAACCCUGUUGCAGGGGCUGAGUCACUGGCUUGCUGGUGCUCUUUCAUGCCGUCCCUGGGAGGGGUGCGUCACUUGAGUGGGUUGAGUUACUGACGUGAUCUUCCUGUCUGGGUUGGCGCCCCCCCUUGGUUUGUGCUGUGGUGGAGACCUCUGUGGGCUAUACUCGGCCUUGUCUCAGGAUUGUAAGUUGGUGGUUGAGGAUAUCCCUCUAGUGGUGCGGGGGCUGUGCUUUGGCAGAGUGGGUGGGGUUAUAUCCUUCCUGUUUGGCCCUGUCCGGGGGUUUCUUCGGAUGGGGCCACAGUGUCUCCGGACCGCUCCUGUCUCAGCCUCCAGUAUUUAUGCUGCAGUAGUUUAUGUGUCGGGGGGCUGGGGUUAGUUGGUUAUACCUGGAGUACUUCUCCUGUCUUAUCCAGUGUCCUGUGUGAAUUUAAGUAUGCUCUCUCUAAUUCUCUCGUUCUCUCUUUCUCUCUGAGAACCUGAGCCCUAGGACCAUACGUCAGGACUACCGGGCAUGAUGACACCUUGCUGUCCCCAGUCCGCCUGGCCUUGCUGCUAUUCCAGUUUCAACUGUUCUGCCUGCGGUUACGAAACCCCUACCUGUCCCAGACCUGCUGUUUUCAACUCUUAAUGAUCGGCUAUGAAAAGCCAACUGAGAGACCUGAGCCCUAGGACCAUACGUCGGGACUACCGGCCGUGGUGACUCCUUGCUGUCCCCAGUCCGCCUGGCCUUGCUGCUAUUCCAGUUUCAACUGUUCUGCCUGCGGUUAUGGAACCCCUACCUGUCCCAGACCUGCUGUUUUCAACUCUUAAUGAUCGGCUAUGAAAAGCCAACUGAGAUUUAUUCCUGAUUAUUAUUUGACCAUGCUUGUCACUUAUGAACAUUUUUGAACAUCUUGGCAUGGUUCUGUUAUAAUCUUCACCCGGCACAGCCAGAAGAGGACUGGCCACCCCUCAUAGCCUGGUUCCUCUCUAGGUUUCUUCCUAGGUUUUCGCCUUUCUAGGGAGUUUUUCCUAGCCACCGUGCUUCUACACCUGCAUUACUAGCUGUUUGGGGUUUUAGGCUGGGUUUCUGUACAGCACUUCGAGAUAUUAGCUGAUGUAAGAAGGGCUAUAUAAAAUAAAAUUGAUUGAUUGACUUUGGAUGGUGUAUCAAUACACCCAGUCACUACAAAGAUACAGGCGUCCUUCCUAACUCAGUUGCCGGAGAGGAAAGAAACCGCUCAGUGAUUUCACCAUGAGGCCAAUGGUGACUUAUAAACAGUUACAGAGUUUAAUGGCUGUGAUAGGAGAAAACUGAGGAUGGAUCAACAACAUUGUAGUUACUCCACAAUACUAACCUAAAUGACAAAGUGAAAAGAAGGAAGCCUGUACUAAAACUAUAACUAACUGUCAUCCUCACCAUUACGUCAGUACUACAACUACCAUCAUCAUUACAUUUUACAUUGACAUUUUAGUCAUUUAGCAGACGCUCUUAUCCAGAGCGACUUACAGUUAGAUUACUACUACUACUACCACCACCAUCAUUAAACUGCCAUCAUUACCAUCACCCCUACUACCCGUACCUUGACUAUUUGGAAUAAUAAUCACAACAAUAAUAAUAAUAACAAUAAUAAGUAAGUUACUGGUUACUAUGCAGAUGUUGUUGUUGUUGUUAUUCAGUGUCCCUAAGGCUAUGGCAGGCUCCAUCGCCCAUGAGUAUUUUUUGUUUUUCCUUCAUUUUACAUUUUAGUCAUUUAGCAGACGCUCUUAUCCAGAGCGACUUACAGUUAGUGAGUGCAUACAUGUUUUAUUAAUUUUUUCAUACUGGCCCCCCGUGGGAAUCGAACUCACAACCCUGGCGUUGAAAGCGCCAUGCUCUACCAACUGAGCUACACGGGACCUUCGGGUUUAAUAAGUUAACAUUUGGAAUAGAUGUAGCAAUAAUGAAUCUCUUAGUGAGGAAUAUUUCUCACAGUAGAAGCGAAAGCGCAUUUCUGUUUCUACCUCCCUGUUGUGGAGUGACCACAUACACGCUCCUCUUUGGGUAGCCGUGUCUUUUUAUGUCUGUUGUUUUCUAUUGCCAAUUGGUGUUCACUCAGCCUGUACUUGGUAAGGAUCUGUCUCUGGUUCGUAUCUGACAGAGUAGAGAUAAUCAGCCAAUUCAUAUUCUCUGUUUAGGGCCAGAUAGCUAUUUAGUCGGCUUUGACAUUUUGUUUCGUUUUUCCAGUGUUUUAAUUAUGAGUCCUUUGAUUGGUUCAUGAUUUUGUUUAUUUGGAUACUUUCUUUUGAAGCAGUGCUGGUGUCAGCUUGGUUGGUUAGGUCCAACACCAGCUGACUGAGAGGGCUCGUUUCUGGGCUCAGCUCUUGGGUUUGAAGUGCUUUAAAUUGAAGGCUUGAAUUUAGGUAUAGCCAAAAUGUUAAUGAUCUUUUUUUGUAUUGUAUUUUCAUUGCCAAUGGAAAGCGGUCCAAUUCUGCCCUACAUGCAUUAGCUGGCGUAUUUCUUUGGACUUGUAGAAUUGUCCGACAGAAUUCUGCAUGUAGGGCUUCAAUUGGAUGUUUCUCCCAUAUUUUAAAGUCCAGUUUAUUGCGUGGCCCCCAAACCACACUUCUGUAAAGAGCAAUAGGUAGGAUUACGCUGUCAACUAUUUUGGUCCAAAUUCUAAUUGGGAUGUUGUUUUUUAAAUAAUGUAAUUUUUAUUACAUAAAAUGCUCUGCAGGCUUUUUCUUUGAGUUCAUUCACUGCCAUAUUAAAGUUUACCAAUGCAGAUAUGGUCAGACCAAGGUUUGAGUCAUUUUUUGUUUGUUCAAUUAUGGUGUUCAAGGUGUAUUUAUAUUUGUGUUCCUGACAUCUGGGGGUUUUCUGGAAAAUCAUGAUUUUAAUUAUUUACUGCCAGGGCCCAACUAUGGCAAUCAAUUAUGCCAAUAUUGCUCUAGAAUGUUCUGUUGAAUACCUUUUUUUUGUUAUUUUAUUUGUUAUUUAAUUUAAAUAAAUAAAAAAUUAGUCAUUUAGCAGAUGCUCUUAUCCAGAACGACUUACAGUUAGUGAGUGCAUACAUUUUUCAUACUGGCCCCCCGUGGGAAUCGAACCCACAAUCCUGGCGUUGCAAGCGCCACGCUCUACCAACUGAGCUACAGGAGGCCUCCUUUUGUUGGUGAUAGAAGAACCAAAUCAUCAGCAUAUUUUACAUUUACAUCAUUUAGCAGACGCUCUUAUCCAGAGCAGGUAUUUUACCCACGUCUCAAAUAGUGUGAGUCCUGGGGCUGCAGAAUGGUCCAACAUGUCUGCUAAUUCACUGAUAUUAAUGUUGAAUAGGUUUGGACUCAAACUGCAGCCUUGUCUCACACCUCAAACUUCCGAUUUUUUUGUGUGUUUCUUUUUUGGUUUUAGAUUUUUAUUGCACACUUGUUUUCUGUGUACAUACAUUUUAUUAAGUCAUACACCUUACCAUGAAGCCUACUUUGUAAAAUUCUGAAGAAUAGACCUUUGAGCCAAAUAGAAUCAAAUGCUUUUUAAGUCAAUAAAGCAAGCAAAGAUUUUGACCUCUUUUUUUUGGGUUGAUGUGUUUAUUAAUUAGUGUGUAUACUAUAUAUGGUCAGUAGUGCGAUGGUUAGGGAGAAAGCCAAUUUGAUAUUUACUUAUAAAAAAAAAAAAAUCUUGAAAUGUUUGGAUUCUUGAAUUCAAAAUGCUACAGAAAACCUUUCCCAAGUUGCUGUUUAUGCAAAUUCACCCAGUAAUUAUUGGGGUCUGAUUUGUCUCCACUUUUGUGGAUAGGGGAGAUGAGCCCCUGGUUCCAGACAUCAGGAAAGCAGACAGAAGUUAGUACCAUGUUGAACAAUUUAACCACAGCAUUUUGCAACUCAGGUGUUUUUCAGCAUCUCAUUUCUGAUGUCAUCUAUAGAUUUUGAGCUUUUCAUGUAGUUCUUGUUGGGUUAUUGGGUAAUCUAAUGGAUUUCGGUUGUUUUUUAAUGACAUUCAAGGAUGUUAAAUUUUUGUUGAAUUUCUAAUUGUUUAUGUUAUGCUACUUUGUGUAAUUUAUCUUUCGAAACCAUUUUUCAGAAACGUUAAAUUUUUUGUUUCUGAUGUUGCAUUUCUUUAGUUUUCCCAGAUUUUCUGAAUUGACACCUUUUUUAUUGUUUUGGUAUUGUGAGUUUAUUGAAGACCUGUAGAGUUUCAUCCUUUCAUUUGAGUUCAGUGUUUCAAUGAAUUUCUCUGCGCUGUUUGAAGCCCGUCUGUACUAUUUGGUUCAUGUUGUAGAGUUUGUUGGGCUGUAUUUUUGAAUGAGUAUUGCUGGUUAAUUUCUUCAGAAACACGUUGAUCUGACAAUGGUGUCUGUGGUCUGACAGUGAAUGCACUAAUGGAGGAGGGGUCGAUGUCAGUGAUGGCAUAAUCGACUACACUUGUCCCAAGAGCUGAGCAAUAAGUAAACUGACCUAAAGAGUCCCCUCUCAUUCUACCAUUAAGAAUGUACAGGCCUAAGGCUCGACAGAGAUGCACUAACUCCUUCCCGUUUUGGUUCAGUAUUUGGUCAGGACUGUUUCUAUUAUUUAUAAUUGGGCUACUGUACAUGGAGGGGUGUCCCAAUAUGUGGUGGUUACCUCCCGUAUCAGUGUAGUCAGGCUCAGAACCUGUUCUCGCAAUGAAAUCUCCACAAAGAAGCACUUUACCCUCUGCCUGAAAUUGAAUGAGUUUGUCAAAAAUCUGAUCAUCAUAAUAUGAUGAAUCUGGAGGAGCAUAAGCUGCACAAAUGUAUACAUCAUUAUCACAAUAGAUUGUCCCUUUUUUGUUAAGUUUUAUCCGAAUGUGGUUAGUAUCUUUUUUCAUUUAAUUCAAUUCAUGCUUAUGCCCGUUUAACGUUUUUAUGUUUGAUUGAUGGUAGUAAACGUUCUCUAUAGCCGGAGGGACACUGGGUACCAAUGUCUCCACAACACCAUGUUUCCAGGAGGAUUAUUAUGUCCUGUCCCUUGGUGUUUUUAACAAAUUCUGGAUAUGUUGUUUUAGAACCAAAAUACGAAGAGUACAGGGCCCUAUAAUACAAAACAUUAGGAACACCUGCUCUUUCCAUGACAGACUGACCAGGUGAAUCCAGGUGAAAGCUUAUUGAUGUCACCUAUUAAAUCCACUUCAAUCAGUGUAGAUGUUACCAUAUUGCUUCCGUCCCUCUCCUCACCUGGGCUUGCAACUCAAUAUUAGGUGUUCCUAAUGUUUUGUGCGCUCAGUGUAUAUUUCUCUCUCUCUCUCCUCUAGUAUCUACAUCAUGAGUCUGGUUCUGGAGUGGAUAAAGAGCAACGGAGGUGUUGACGCCAUAGAAACGCUCAACAAGAGGAAGUCCAGUAUGAUCUAUGAUAUCAUCAACUCCUCCAACCACUUCUACGCGUUAGUAUCCUUUCAGAUGGAGGGACGGAGGGAGGGAUUCUGAACAGAAAAUAACAUUUAGUAGGAAUAGGCUCAAUCCGGGUUUUGGAAAGUGUUACAAAGUGUUUGGUUUACAAGAUGGAGUUUGUAAAGUGUAUACCUGUGUAACAUGUUGUGAGCAUGCCUGUCUCCAUGGUAACUGGCGUGUUGUGUGUGUGUGUGUUACGUGGUCAGGUGUCCGGUGGACGUGGCGUGUCGUAGUCGUAUGAACGUUCCGUUCCGCGUGGGGAAGAAACAGGGAGACGAAUCUCUGGAGAAGAUGUUCCUGGAUGGAGCCUCCAAACUGGGCAUGAUCUCACUGAAGGGACACAGGUACACACACAAACACACACACACACACACACACACACACACACACCACACACCCAGUGUCUAUGUGUGCCUGGUGGUUAAGAGGGGUCUUCCAUCUGUGUCUGUCUGCCCGUCUGUGUCUGUCUGCCCGUCUUUGUCUGUCUACCCGUCUGUGUCUGUCUGCCCAAGGUGUGUGUGUGUAGGGCGGUAAUUGAAUAACCAUGUAACUGAUGGUUAUGGAUGAAGACCAUCAUGAAAAUACAAUAAAAACCUCCCAAACCGUUUAAAUAGGCCUACAUUCAUUUUAGGAUUUGUAAAAAAACAUUUAUUUACUUUAUUUUCAUGUAGAUAAACUUGACCUAAUAGCGGGAGUGUUUACUAAUUAAAAGCAAUUGUUUUGCUAACUUAGUCUGUCUAUUAAACUGUCUACAUCUCCUCUUCUUUCCAACUGAUGAUGCACAGGGGUGUAGAGUGCUAUAGGCUAACGUUGUAUAUCUCCUCUUCUUUCCAUCUGAUGAUGCACGGGGGUGUAGAGUGCUAUAGGCUAACGUUGUAUAUCUCCUCUUCUUUCCAACUGAUGAUGCAUGGGGGUGUAGAGUGCUAUAGGCUAACGUUGUAUAUCUCCUCUUCUUUCAAACUGAUGAUGCACGGGGGUUGUAGAGUGCUAUAGGCAAGUUGCUUAGGCUAACUUUAUUCCUCUUUCUUUCCAACUGAUGAUGCACGGGGGUGUUUGUAGAUGUGCUAUAGGAUAACGUUGUUUAAUCUCCUCUUCUUUCCAAACUGAUGAUUGCACUGGGGGUGUCGAGUGCUAUAGGCUAACGUUCGAUAUCUCCUCUUCUUUCCAACUGAUGAGCACGGGGGGUAGGGUAGGAGAGUGCAUUAGGCUAACGUUGUAUAUCUCCUCUUCUUCCACACUGAUGAUGCACGGGGGUUGUAGAGUUGCUAUUUUAGGCUAACGUUGUAUAUCUCCUCUUCUUUCCAAACUGAUGAUGGCAACGGGGGUGUAGAGUGCUAUCGGCUAACGUUGGAUAUCUCCUCUUCUUUCCAAACGAUGAUGCCAUGGGGCGGUGGUAGAGUGCUAUAGGCUAACGUUGUAUAUCUCCUCUUCUUUCAACUGAUGAUGCACGGGGGGUGUAGAGUGCUAUAGGCUAACGUUGUAUAUCUCCUCUUCUUUCCAACUGAUGAUGCACGGGGGUGUAGAGUGCUAUAGGCUAACGUUGUAUAUCUCCUCUUCUUUCCAACUGAUGAUGCACGGGGGGUGGAGAGUGCUAUAGGCUAACGUUGUAUAUCUCCUCUUCUUUCCAACUGAUGAUGCACGGGGGUGUAGAGUGCUAUAGGCUAACGUUCUAUAUCUCCUCUUCUUUCCAACUGAUGAUGCACGGGGGUGUAGAGUGCUAUAGGCUAUGGCACUUCAGUAAAAAAAAUGGUUUGAUGUGUGGACUUUCUUUAAAAUAAUGCACAUUUUCAUUGCUAGCUAGUAAAUAAAUAAAUCUGUUGGAUGUGUCUGACUAUUGGUUAAUUAUUCAACAGCAAGGUUGUUCUGGCUCUGAGGCUUAUGUGCUAAUUUUGGGUCAAAUGGACCAAUCCUGUCCAACCUGGCAUGGUAUAAUUUGAUACGGAAUCUUUUCUUAAUUUAUAGACCAGUCAACACUAAUCAUGUCCGGUCCUGGGCUCCCUGGUGGCGCAGCGGUCCGGUCCUGGGCUCCCUGGUGGCGCAGCGGUCUAAGGCACUGCAUCUCAGUGCUUGAGGCGUCACUACAGACCCCCUGGUUCGAUUCCAGGCUGUGUCACAACCGGCCGUGAUUGGGAGUCCCAUAGGGCGGCGCACAAUUGGCCCAGCGUCGUCCGGGUUUGGGCCGGUGUAGGCCGUCAUUGUAAAUAAGAAUUUGUUCUUAACUGACUUGCCUAGUUAAAUAAAGGUUAAGUAAAUUAGAUUAAAUAUGCCGCCCUAGGCGAGACAAAAACAUUUGCUGCCCUCCUAUCCCCGCAAAGUAGAAUAUUAGCCUAGGUUAUAGUGUCGGCCCACAAUGCACUUUUAUGAAUGCCCAUGUGGUAACCUACCGUUUAUAAAAACAGGCAAUUUACCGUUAAUCCCUGUCAUUUGGUAAUAAUAUAUAUGAAUGCCCACGUGGUAACCUACCGUUUAUAAAAACAGGCAAUUUACCGUUAAUCCCUGUCAUUUGGUAAUAAUAUAUAGUUCCUCACAGUAAAUUGAAAAAUUAUUCCAACACACUCUCCAUCUAUAAUCAGCGUGGCUGGUAAAUAGGCUAUGGACAUGUUGUGUGUAUUUGUUUCUAUUUUUAAUGAUAGUCUUUUUCAUCUUCAUACCAUAUAGAUGUCCCCUUCAGACUUUCAUUCUCAAUUCAUUAUCUCAUAGCCUACUUUCAGAAAGCCUAAGGUAGGCCUAGGUUUCUUUAUACCUUUUUAAGGGAAAGGAGAAAUAUUAGAUGUUGUGUCUGACAUACACUACCGGUCAAAAGUUUUAGAACACCUACUCAUUCAAGGAUUUGUCUUUAUUUUUAACAAUUUUCUACAUUGUAGAAUAAUUGUGAAGACAUCAAAACUAUGACAUAACACAUAUGGAAUCAUGUAGUAACCAAAAAAGUGUUAAACAAAUCAAAAUAUAUUUUAUAUUUGAGAUUCUUCAAAUAGCCACCCUUUGCCUUGAUGACAGCUUUGCACACUCUUGGCAUUCUCUCAACCAGCUUCACCUGGAAUGCUUUUCCAACAGUCUUGAAGGAGUUCCCACAUAUGCUGAGCACUUGUUGGCUGCUUUUCCUUCUCUCCGCGGUCCGACUCAUCCCAAAUAAUUUCAAUUAGCUAACAUUAGGCUAUAACAAGCAAUGCAAAUGGCUCUGAGAUACGAAUAAUAUUACUACACAGAUCAUACACGUAACGUUAGCUAGCGAGCCAGCCAGCUAACUUUAGCUAACAGUAUGCUUUAACUUGAAAUGAAAAUGACUUUCUGACAAAAUUAGAAAUGUAUAAUAUCUGAAAAUGUAGCUAGCUAGACUAUCUUACCCGUAUACAUGGAUGGACGCUUCUCCCUCUCUGUCACGGAUGCCAUGGUUGCCCUUAGUUUGAAGAUGUAAUCCAGAGACAGGUGUUUUAUACAACAGCCUUCUGUUUGUUCUCUUUUCGACUCCGUCUGCAUAUUUGCAAUCAAACGGCAGAAUAUUCUCCAUCUCCUUAGCUAUCAUACUCUAAAUCCACUGAUUUCAAAACUCGGUCCUCCAGAAAGUGGAGAGCAACACUUUUGAAGUUGUACUACGUGAGAUCUUUCUAAAAGCUGUGUUAGAAAGGAUUACCUACACAUACUGACCAUGCUACAUGGCAGACCAAUCCGAACUCAUCUCUCGGCAUGUCCAGCCCAUCCAUUAUAUCAGCCAAUCAUGGCUAGCGGGAAGGUUCCUGUCUUAUUCCGUGGCUAAACCACCUAGGCUCGUAAUUUAACCAUUUUAUUCAUAUUUACAGAUGGCAUACACGUUUGUUAUUAAGGCACAUGAAAGUUCACAUGUUCCAGAAGGCAUUUCUGCCAAAAAAUGCAUUUUGAUUUAAAAAAUUGUUUACGUUCAAAUGUCUCUCCUGUGAAGCAGUGACGCGCGUCAUACGUCUAGUUUCCUGAAACGAGUCACAAAUGUCCAUUCAUAAAGUUUCCUAACGUAGAAUCAAACGCUCCUGUCAUGAUUUAUUCUUGUAAAGGGCCUGUUUUCAGUAGUUUAGGCAACAUUAUUUCUCUCAUUACGACGUCCUCUCUUUGAAGAACGGUCGAAUGACCGCAGCAGGGUUUGUGAUGUUAUGUGAAUAUUUCGGGAAAAGUCGGUGAAAACACAACCGGACUUCAUUUGAAUGGUUUUGUGCGUUGAAAUAGGGUCUGUAUUUAAAAAAAUGAUAUGCAGGAACAGCCAACAGACAAGGACAAGGAAGGCAUAUCUUUAUUUUGACUCCGUUAAUGUCGUGUCACUAUGAAAAUGUAACGGACCCUCUCCAACCUGGCAUUUCUUAAUUUGUUGAUUUUAAUAUUUAUAAGUAAUAACCUGAGUAAUAUUAAUGAAAUGCCAUUAUAAUAACGAAGUGUAGUGGGUUGUUUCAAAUAAAUAUGUUUUAUUAAGAAGCAUAUCCAGGUCAACAAGUGAACUAACAGAAUUGUAACCGCCCCUUUUUUGACCCUGAACAGGUCUGUCUGUCUCUGUCAGUGGAAGGAAUAUGUCUGUCUGUCUGUCUGUAUAUGUCUGUCUGUCCAUCUGCUCAUGAUGUUUGUGUCUCCCCCUACAGGUCAGUGGGAGGUAUACGUCUGUCUGUAUCUGUCUGUCUGUCCAUCUGCUCAUGGUGUUUGUCUCCCCCUACAGGUCAGUGGGAGGUAUACGUCUGUCUGUAUCUGUCUGUCUGUCCAUCUGCUCAUGGUGUUUGUCUCCCCCUACAGGUCAGUGGGAGGUAUACGUCUGUCUGUAUCUGUCUGUCUGUCCAUCUGCUCAUGGUGUUUGUCUCCCCCUACAGGUCAGUGGGAGGUAUACGUCCAUCUGCUCAUGGUGUUUGUGUCUCCCCCUACAGGUCAGUGGGAGGUAUACGUCCAUCUGCUCAUGGUGUUUGUGUCUCCCCCUACAGGUCAGUGGGAGGUAUACGUCCAUCUGCUCAUGGUGUUUGUCUCCCCCUACAGGUCAGUGGGAGGUAUACGUCUGUCUGCUCAUGGUGUUUGUCUCCCCCUACAGGUCAGUGGGAGGUAUACGUCCAUCUGCUCAUGGUGUGUGUCUCCCCCUACAGGUCAGUGGGAGGUAUACGUGCGUCUCUCUACAAUGCUGUGACAGUGGAAGACGCUCAGGCUCUGGCCAAUUACAUGGAGGAGUUCCUCAAGGAGCACCAAUAGGAGAAGGCCAUACAGCAUGCUGGACCAAUCAGAGCAGGCCAUGCUGCUGGGUCUAUGGGACCAGGGUUCAGUAAGGUGAAACAUUCAUAACGUUACAGAUAGAAAUAUACUGAAUAGAGCUGACACGAUUCCCUAUUGUACCUGACAGCCAAUCAUAUCUGUUCUAUUGUACCUGACAGCGAAUCACAUAUGUUCUAUAUGAUACAUUUCUGACUGUUUUGUAACGUUGAACUUUCCUGAACAUGACCCCACACUGAUCCCAGACCACAUGCUGUAUCAACUCAACACACUGACCCCAGGCU